AAAGCACAUUGUGGCAGCAGCAAGAGAAGGAGCAGUCUGCUUUGACAAGCUCCUUGUCUGGAUACCUCCCCUAUUCUCCCAGUCCACACCCCUAAUGUUGUAAGACAGGCUACCAGUAGAGGAUCUUCUGCCUCUUGUACCUUCACAACUGAACUAGUGCUUCUCUGUGCCUCUAGGCAACGUGUGAGCAUUGCAAGGCUGUAGCUGGGGCUCGUCAGAACAGCAUUAUUGUCAUUGUCACCUAUCCUGUCACUCAUUCAUACACUAGCAGAGUGCAUCCCUCUCACCUCCCUUUUGUUUUUCCUCCUAUUCUUCCCUCCCUCUGUUUAUUACUUUAGAGCAAUAUUUCCCUCCCCCAUUGUUCUUUGUAUGUGUGUUAGUCUUCUCUGGUUGUCCUACUUACACGCAUCUCACUAGUCCCUGCUGUGUCUACCUGAGAGAGCGUGUGCAUGAGGCAGGUGACCUCACUGUACCUGGGGAUGGCUUGUCUGGGAGUCUCUGGGAGCUGCUGCUUUUAGGAAGGACAGAACACAAAGCUGAGCGCAAGCAUCUCCAGAACAGAGCACAGGCUGAGAGCAGGCUGAUUGGGACUGGACUCCUGGGUGUCGGAUGAUAAGGACUGCAGCACCAUGAGCACGAGUUCAGUGCCCUAUCAACACAACUCCUAUAAUCCAGGGGGGAGCUCUGGUCCUAUCCAGUGUUAUCGAUGCGGAGACACCUGCAAAGGAGAGGUGGUACGCGUGCAGACCAACCAUUUUCACAUACGUUGCUUUACAUGCCAAGUUUGUGGCUGUGAUCUUGCCAAAUCUGGCUUUUUCUUUAAGAAUGGAGAGUACAUUUGUACACGAGAUUACCAACAGCUCUAUGGGACACGAUGUGACAGCUGCAGAGACUUUAUUACAGGAGAAGUUAUAUCAGCCCUUGGAAGGACAUAUCAUCCAAAAUGCUUUGUCUGCAGCGUGUGCAGAAAACCUUUUCCCAUCGGAGACAAGGUGACAUUCAGAGGCAAAGAAUGCGUAUGUCAGAAUUGUUCUCACUCAUUAGGCAGUGAUAAGCCGAUCAAAAUCCAUGGUCCAAGUCACUGUGCAGGGUGUAAAGAGGAAAUCAAGCACGGCCAGUCCUUGCUGGCACUGGAAAAACAAUGGCAUGUUAGCUGCUUCAAGUGCCAGACAUGUGGCGUCAUAUUGACUGGGGAAUAUAUCAGCAAAGAUGGUGUGCCUUACUGUGAGUCUGAUUACCACGCUCAGUUUGGGAUUAAAUGUGAAACCUGCAGCAAGUAUAUCAGCGGCAGAGUCCUAGAGGCUGGUGGAAAGCACUAUCACCCAACAUGUGCCCGCUGCGUGCGCUGCCAGCAGAUGUUUUCUGAAGGAGAGGAGAUGUAUCUGACAGGCUCUGAAGUGUGGCAUCCAAUAUGCAAACAGGCAGCACGUGCAGAGAAGAAACUAAAAUAUAGAAGAGCGUCUGAGACAUCUAUCUCACCUCCUGGAUCUAGCAUUGGUUCUCCCAACCGUGUAAUAUGUGCUAAGGUAAACAAUGAAAUUUUAAAUUACAAGGAUCUAGCAGCUCUUCCUAAGAUUAAAGCAAUCUACGCAGUGCAGCGCCCUGACCUCAUUUCAUACGAGCCUUAUAGCAGAUACACGUCGGAUGAGAUGCUGGAGAGAUACAGCUAUGGGGAGGAUAUUUAUGAAGGGAUGGACUUACGACAGAGGAGAUCUUCCAGUCCUGGUUACAUUGACUCUCCCCUCUACAGCCAUCGUGAAGUGUCCUUUACCAUGCCCAGAUCUCCACAACAUUACUACAGAUCAGGCACAGAAAGUGGACCCAACUCCCCUUUUUAUAGCCAGUUAGAUGUGCGUUGCUCUACACCAACCCUUUAUCAGGCUCCUCGGCAUUUUCAUAUACCAGCUGCUGGAGAGAGUAACAUUUACCGGAAACCCCCCAUCUAUAAACGGCAUGAUGAUCCAUUUGAAGCAACCAAAAGUAAAACAAGUGAUGAUCUGGUACAGUCCUCCAAAUAUCUCCCAGCAUACGCUUCUGAUCCUUACUACCAGUCCGAGUCUGAGUACUGGAUGUACUCACCAAAAGUGCCUCGAGCGCGGAGAUUCUCAUCAGGAGGCGAGGAAGAUGGAUUUGAUCGGAACAUGCAUAAGAUCCAGGGAGGCAUUGGAAGAAUGAUUCUGAAGGAGGAAAUGAAAGCACGAUCAUACACUGACCCCUGGACACCACCUCGAAGCUCUGCAGGCAGUAAAGAAGCUCUUCACACUGCUGGAUAUGAGGCUUCAUUAAAUGGAUCUCCCAGCAAGCGUUAUCUUGCAGACAGCGAUCCUUUGAUUUCCAAAUCGGCUUCACUGCCAGCCUACAGAAGAAAUGGCCUACACAGGCCGCCCAGCGCUGAGCUGUUCCAUUAUGACAGUGCCAACGCGGUGAACUGGGGAAUGCGAGAGUACAAGGUAUGAAGACGGAGAGUCUCUCUUGGAACAAGAGAUCAGUUGCUAUGACAACGUGUCAUUACAGAGUUACCCAUCACCUGAAAACGCCACUAUUUCUUUGUUUCCAUGUUCGUUCAAUAACACUUAUAAGGGCCUUCUCAAUAUCUUGAAAACAAAAUCAAUAUCAAAUAGAUUUGUUAUAUGCUCUAUUUUGUAUUUCUAAUAAUUUUCUACCCAUUUUCCCAAUGUGUGUAAUACAGCUUUUUUUUAUAAUAAAUACAAAUGUAGUCAAAGUGUUAUGUUUUUUAGCUAGUUAAGGUCUAGAUUACAAGUGGAGCGUGAUUUUAACAUGCUCCUGUAAACUGGCAAAUUUGCCCAUUUACUGGCACAAGUUAAAUAAUCAUCCAUUACAAGUGGCUGGUUAAUGCUACCGCAAGCUUGUGGUAGCACUUUGCGCUCAAAUUCAUUAACCAGAGAUCAGAUCUCUGGUUAAUGAACAAAAUGUCCCCCAUUUGCCCCCAAAAUAAAGUGUAUAGUUACAUGCAAUGGGAAAGCGAUGUCGCGUUCGCAUUGUGAUUUACUUUUAAUACCAGCUCAUAUUUGCGUACGCCGGUAUUAUUGAGUGGACCGCAAAUAUCAUGCUCGUAUAAGCUUUCAUAUAAAUAUCUUUAGGAGAGUUUAUUAAGGAAAUGCAGUUAUUGUGUAAUCACAGUUUUUGUUUAUCACUUUUCCUGGCAACAAAUUAUUGUUGCCAAAGAAAUCUGUGUAUUUGCUGUAGGUUUUGUAUUAUGUAGUAUUAUAAAUAUGUAUGGUAUUUUGUCACGUUAUUUACUUAUCUGUUACUAUCAAUGGUGGUUUUAGGCCAUUGGCGCCCAAACUACACCCUAGUGGCCGCAUCCAGCCCUCCAAGGGUUUUUGUGUGGCCCUCAGAACCACUGAGUAAAAAACAGACAUUAGUCAUUUCUUACCAAAAAAGGGUUUCAGAUUUGUAGUAAGGUAAUUAAAGGGGCAUUGUUCUGAAAAAUUGAUUUCCCCUUAAAGGGACAGUAUACUAUAAAAUUGUUUUUCCCUUAAUGUGUUUCCAAUUAAUUUUUUUACCAGCAGCAGAGUAUAAAUUGUAUGAGAUUUGCUUUUUUAAUUCUUAAUUGUGUAUAUGAAUUAGCUGAUUUUGUGUUUUGAAGCCACAGCCUAAUAAAAUGGGUUGAGCUUGUAGGUAUAAUCAGAACUCAUUUUAUCACAUUGUGUAAAUAUACAUGUGUCUUUAUCUUAUAUCUGUCCAUAAACCAAUCACCAAUACUUGGAGAGAACAAUAGAAAAUUAACAUUUUAUUACCUUAUCUCUUCUAUAACCCACUGGGAGUGUAAUUUCUUCUACUGGCUGUUAAGACAGCUUGGCCUGGAGGCUAAAAACUUUCAGAAUAGGUGGGGAUACCACAGGCUAAAUAAACAAUUUCAAAUGCCAAUAUAAGGGUAAUGGAAAUACUUGCAAACAAUUUAAUACACUCCAGCAGGUAAAGUCGAUAAUUGGGAACAAAUUAAAGGGGGGAAAAUUUUUGAGUAAACUGUCCCUUUAAUGUGUAUAUAAUGAUUUAUUAUACCAGCUGCAUCGCUCAUUUGGUUUACUUUUGUAUAUGUAAUAGCUGUUUUUGCUCAUUGAAAACACAAACCAUUUAAAUGGACUGGGCUUGUAGAAAGCACAUUCUUAAUUAUUGUUGUUUAAACACAUGCUUCGGUAUUUUAACUGUUAGUCCAUACACAAAGGUCGAUUCAAUACAAAAUUAACAUUUUUGUAUUUGGCACUCCUCCCCCACAGUGCUGCUGAUUAUUCUUGUUUACAAAGCUUUUUGUUAGAUAACACAAAAGUAUAAAUAUUCUCAUUAUAGGUGAUAUUUUUAACAUUCAAAAUCAAGCAUUUAAAAUGACAAUAUAAAGGUAAAGGAGCUAUUUGCAAACUGUUUAAAACCCUCUAACAUGUAAAAUGGAGCAUUAGGAACACCCAUUAGGAACACCUUCAAAGGAAGCAAAUUUUACAAAACAAUGUCGCUUUAAACACACAUGUACCACAUUUUGUUUUUUGUAAAUUUCAAUAUCAUAUACAGUUCAAUUAAAUUAAUAGUAACUCAUUUCCUAUGUCAUUUAACUAAAAUGUAAUUAUAAUCUGAUUUUAUUUUGUUUUUUUAACAUAAGUCUGAGUAAAAUUUGUGUCCUCUGACCAAAGCUGACUGGCAUUAUGUAAAACAGUUUGGUGCCCUGUUGCUAGACAAUAACAUUUUGGGGUGCACAAUGCUACAUUUUAAGGGUGUAGAGGUAUUGGUGGCAAGUUAUAAUCUUCCACUAUAUAUUUCUUUAACCAUUCAAUUUAUAUAACCCCCCCCCCCUUCUAUUCCCAUCUCUGUAUCCUUACUCCUCAUAAAGCCAUAAAAAAACAACUUUUGUUUAGUAAAUUCAAUGCAAAUGGCAUCUAUGAGGUUUGGAAUUGCCAGAGGGUUAUAUAGUGCCCCCUUAUUGCUACCCCAGCUACUAUAUUUUGUAUUAUUUUAUAUCUGCAUAUCCAUCUACUAUACAAAAAUAUAUAUUUAUUGUUUUACUGUAGAUAUAUCCUUAUGAGCUACUCAUGGUGACCACUAGAGGGAGAUCCAGACUGCCAAAAGAUGCAGACAGAACACGGCUGGAGCGCCAUUUAUCAGCUGAAGAAUUUUAUCAGGUCUUUGGGAUGACCAUAUCAGAAUUUGACCGCUUGGCACUGUGGAAAAGAAAUGAACUGAAAAAACAAGCCAGGCUUUUCUAAAUCACUGUACCAUGUGCCUCCACUAUAAAUAAAACACUGUAUAAAUAUAUUUAUAUAUAUAUAUAUAGAUCUUCUGUAUAACUACCACUUACGAUAUGUAUAUUGUAUUAUAGAAAAUUCUUGCCCCAGACAGAGGUUUUUUGCUUUAACCCAUUCAGCAGUGGAAGGGAGAAUAACGUAUUUCUAUGCAAAGUGUUGCAGCCCCAGUUACUGCUGCUGAAAGGGUCUUUCUGUGGUGAGAGAUAUUUUGAACUCUCAAUAUAUUUUGUAAUGCUUUUUUAUGUGCCGCUCUUUCUGAGAGUUGAAAUCUUCAAUAUGCCUACAUCAGUGAAGGUAAAGAGUAUAUGUUAUAAGCCCAUAUACAAAAAAGUCUGAUUAGUAAAACAUACUAUGGUGUUAACAAACCAAUGAAACUGAGUGACUGAUGUUACCACUGGGAAGAGCAAAAUUAAAGGCAGUAAACACUGAGAUUGUAAUCUAAAAUAUUUCAUUAUGUGUAGUUAAAAGAAGAAAACAUCUUUUACUUCUAUUAUUUAUUUCGUUGACAUAAAGUAAUGGGUGUAGCUGAAACAUAGAUUUCCUUUACUAAUCUAUUCUGUUAAGGACUAUGAAGGAUAGAUCAAGUGUGCAAACAAUGGCAUUGUGUGUAAUAAUAGCAAUGUUAAAGGGAUUUUAAUAAGUUACCUUAAUGCAAUAUUCUGCGCACAGACAUUUUUUUAUCUAUCCUUAAAGGGACACUGAACCCAAAAUGUUUCUUUCAUGAUUUAGAGAGGCUGAAUUAUCAUAUGUGUAUAACUUGUGUUUCUGGCGAGUCUAAAGACUUGCCAGAAACACGGACCGUCAAGCUCCUUGAUAAAUGGGCCUCAGAGCAUGCAAUUUUAAGCAACUUUCUAAUUUACUCCUAUUAUCAAUUUUUCUUCGUUUUCUUGCUAUCUUUAUUUGAAAAAGAAGGCAUCUAAGCUUUUUUUUUUUUUUUGUUUCAGAACUCUGGACAGUACUUUCUUAUUGGUGGAUGAAUUUAUCCACCAAUCAGCAAGAACAACCCAGGUUGUUCACCAAAAAUGGGCUGGAAUCUAAACUUACAUUCUUGCAUUUUUAAAUAAAGAUACCAAGAGAAUGAAGAAAAUUUGAAAAUAGGAGUAAAUUAGAAAGUUGCUUAAAAUGUAUCUGAAUCACCAAUGAAAAAAAAUUGGGUUCAGUGUCCCUUUAAAAGGACAUGAAACCCAAAUAAUGUAUAUGACUCAAGCAGAGAAUACAAUUUAAAAAAAAGUUUUCAAUUUACUUCUAUUAGUAAAUUUGCUUCGUUCUCAUAUUAUUUAGAUAGGUAGCGUGCACAUAACUGAAGCACUAGAUAACAGGAAAUAGUGCUGCUAUCUAGUGCUCUUGCUAAUAUAUAACAUUGUUGCAAACUGCAGCCAUGUUGUAAUGCAGAGAUGUGCACACUCCUGAACUUACCAUCCUGCUUUUCAACAAAGGAUAACAAGAAAACAAAGAAAGUUUGAUAAUUGAAGUACAAUGGAAAGGUGUUUAAAAUUGUAUGUUCAAUUUAAAUCAUGAAAGAAAAAUGUUGGGUUUUAUGUCCCUUUAAAGGGACAUAAUACCCAUAUGCUAAAUCACUUGAAAGUGAUGUAGCAUAACUAAAAAAAAAAGCUGACAAGAAAAUAUCACCUGAACAUUUCUGUGUAAAUUUUGGGUUUCAUGUCCCUUUAAUCGUCCUCAGCAGAAUAGAUUAGAUAAGGGAUUCCUAGCACCCAUUACUUUAUAGCACGGAAAAUACUUUAUGGAAACUAAAACUUUUCACUUAUUUCUUCAAUAUUGAAACAACAAAUAUCUGAAGUUAUUAAACUCCCCUAGGCAUCACAACCAGUGCCAAAAGUUUGAUGGACAAUUGAAUAAAUAUGUAAAAAUAACUAAAGAAAUACAACUUAUUGUAUGUUUUACCUAUCAUUCUUAAAGGAACAUGAAACCUCAAUGGGGUUUUUUAUGAUUCAGAUAGAGCAUGAGAUUUUUAACAACUUUCUAAUUUACUUCUAUUAUUAAUUUUUCUUCAUUCUCUUGGUAUGUUUUGUUGAAAAGCAGGGAUGUAACGCUUAUGAGUACAUUUUAAAGUUUUUUUAAAAAAAUGGUAUGCUCUGUCUGAAUCACCAAUCAAAAUGUUUGGGUUUGAUAUCCCUUUAAUUCGUACAUGGCGAUUCAGCGUAAUCAUGCGGUGUCAUAAGGAUUGUUACAAGAAAUGACCUCAUCUGUGUAAUUUGUGUAAGAUUCAGACUAUACUUUGUGUCUCACAGUGUCAGGUGGCAUAUUGUUACAUACUAACCUCACUUUUAAAGUAAUGGCAAGAUAUGUUUAGCUUUUCUUUUAUAUAUAUAUUUGUUGUCCUAUGUAACAAAAAUAUUGAUUAUUUUGGCACAGAUAUACUUUUUACAAUAUGUCCCAGAGCUAAACAUUGUUAUUUUAAGAAGUUAAUUGAAACAAAAUUACUAAGCAAGCUGGGAUAAGGCUGUGAUGUAACAAACUUUAGAAUGAUUCUACAUUAGUUUUGCCAGCUGUGCUCCACAAAAAUACUGGAAAUCUGUCUGUGACAGGGCAUAAUGGUAGUUAAGGUCAGGCAAUAUAUAUGCUCGGCCUCAGCCCCGUCUCUUGUAUAUUUUUCACAAAUUAGCAGUCAUUUUACCCCUGGGCUGCCAAUGGCAUACAAAUAAAUAAUUUUACCUCUUUGGCUGAUAGUUACAUACUUAAACAGAAGUGAUUCAACACCCUUGAUAGCCCCUCACUUCUUUCUGCUCUAUAUUUUGAAUGUGCUGAGGUAUAGGAGGCCUUUUAUAUUUACCUAACCCUCUGGGACUUUAUAAAAACUGGAGAUUUAAGUGUCUGUUAUUUUUGUGACAAUUUUACUGGACAAGCUUGCUAAAAUACUGGACUGUCCGGUUUAAUACUGGACACCUGGCAACAUAUUUUUCUGUACUUUAAACAAAGCCACAUGGUAAAAUAGCACAGGCUAUUAAAUCAGAUGACAACCACUGUUACCUGAGGCUAACCCAUCUGGCUUGUUAUUUUCUCUGAGAUGGAUAGGCAUGGCCUAGAUUCACUGACAAUUUUCAACCCUAACCGUAAUUACUGCAAUGUAUAGCUAGAUCACAUUGAGACGCAUAUUGCAGAGACAGGACUGAUACGUAGUUACAACCAUGUUACUACAAUAAACAACUAAUAAGUGCUCAUAAUCAAGUCCCACAAAACCAAGAGCUUGUGUGCAGUGACUGCCCUUAUAAUAUAGCAUCAGUUACUAAAAGGACACAUAUUGUAUACAAUAUUUAAUUGUGUGCAGUAAAACAAAGCUUUGUGAUAAAGUCAUUUUAUAGUUUGAAAGAACCUAUGUUUCUUUCAAAAUAAGUGGCUAAACCUGCUAUAUACUGGGCAAUGAUUGCUUAGAACAGUGGACAAACUCCUUUACAGGUAACUCUAAAUUGCCACUAUUAAAGGGAGAUGAAACCCACAUUUUUUCUUUCAUGAUUCAGAUAGAGCAGGCAAUUUUAAGCAACUUUCUAAUUUACUCCUGUUAUCAAUUAUUCUUUGUUCUCUUGGUAUCUUUAUAUGUAAAGCAGGAAUGUAAUUUUUUUUUUUUAAAAGCAGGAAUGGGUAGCGCUUGCUGAUUGGUGGCUAAAUGUAGCCACCAAUCAGCAAGCGCUACCCAGGGAACUCAACCAAAAAUGGGCUGGCUCAUAAGUUUACAUCCCUGCUUUUUAAAAUAAAGAUACCAAGAGAACAAACAAAAAUUGAUAAUAGAAAUAAAUUAGAAAGUUAAUUAACAUUGCAUGCUCUAUCUUAAUCAUGAAAAAAAUUGGGUUUAAUAUCCCUUUAAGGGAGACGAAAUAAA